AUGGAACACCUGGCCCCGCACCACCUCCACCCGGGCCACGCCGAGCCCAUCAGUUUCGGCAUUGAUCAGAUCCUCAACAGCCCGGACCAAGGCAGCUGCAUGGUGUCCGCCUCGCGUCUGCAGGACGCAGACUACGGGCUCGGCUGCAUAGUCAGCAGUGCCUACAACACCAUGACCGGGAGUUAUGGGGGAGCCGGCGGCGGCAGCGGUGGCGGCGGGGCUGGCCCGGGCCCGGGGCCAGGGGCGGGGGCCGGAGCAGGCGGCGGCGGCGGUGGCGCGGGGGGCUACGGAGGCGGCGGCGGCAGUGCCUGCAGUAUGGCCUCACUGGCCGGCUCCUACAAUAUGAACAUGUCCAUGGGCACCGGGGGCGGCGGGAGCGGUGGCUCUCUCAGCUCCGCCGGGGUGAUUCGGGUGCCUGCCCACAGGCCUCUGGCUGGAGCCGUUCCUCACCACCAGCCCCUCGCCACCGGCAUGCCCACUGUACCCUCCGUACCCAGCGUCAACAACCUCACAGGACUCACUUUCCCCUGGAUGGAGAGUAACCGGCGAUACACAAAGGACAGGUUCACAGGUCACCCCUACCAGAACCGGACGCCCCCGAAGAAGAAGAAACCGCGCACAUCCUUCACACGCCUUCAGAUCUGCGAGCUGGAGAAGCGCUUUCAUCGCCAAAAGUACCUGGCGUCGGCCGAGCGCGCGGCCCUGGCCAAGGCGCUCAAAAUGACCGACGCACAGGUCAAAACCUGGUUCCAGAAUCGGAGAACGAAAUGGAGGCGGCAGACCGCGGAGGAGCGGGAAGCGGAGAGGCAGCAGGCUAACCGCAUCCUCAUGCAGUUGCAGCAGGAGGCCUUCCAGAAAAGCUUGGCUCAGCCACUGCAGGCCGACCCACUCUGCGUGCACAAUUCAUCACUCUUCGCCCUGCAGAACCUGCAGCCCUGGUCCGACGACACUGCUAAGAUCACCAGCGUCACGUCAGUGGCCUCAGCCUGCGAGUGA